UAUUUGUUGAGCCUCAUUUUUUCCCAUGCACUCCUCUUUCCUUAUCUAUAUUUUGAUGACAGGGAACUGAAUUCUGCUCCUUUUUCAACAGUUCACCUUUCUUACCUGCCAAAAUGGCUUCCAAUCACUUCCGACUCCCUGUCCGGACAAUCAAAACUUCACAAUCUUCGUUCAACGUCAAACAAACAGCUACUUCCUCAUUAUCUUCUUCCUUCACUACACAACAUCAACAGAACAACUCACAUCUGUUGAUCUCCUACAUAGCUGGAAAGCCCCAGCUUAAAUCCGAAUCAAAAAUCUCACAUUUCUUGCCCAUAUGCACCCUCUCAUCUCCCAAACCACCCACCACGAAAGAAGAAGCCAUUGUCCAAGCCAAGACCGCACUUUUUUCCACUUUAGAGAAACCCCUCAACAACCCAAAACUCGCCGGAAAGAUCAAGAAAAUAAAGCAGCCCAGAUUCCGGGUUGAAAUUCCGGUCAUCGAUGAUUCACCCUCUUCGCUCUCUCAACUGGCUCUUGAAGUCUUUGGGGACAUGCCCAUCAGAAGAAAAGGUUCACAAGUCAAGAUUCUUAUGUUGUGGGCAAGCCAGAGCUUAACACAGGCUGCCAAUAAGGCCUUUGAUUCCCACUCUUCAGACGUUGUGGUCCGCAACAUUGAUGUUUCAUCUGUUCUUGAUGAAGAUGUCAGAACUGUGAACUCUGCUGAUGUGGCUGUGUUUUUGGCGCCGGAGGCUUCUCAAUUGGAGGUUUUGAAGACAGUUACUGAUAGUUUUUAUCCAAGGCCAGUUGUGAUUUUCAAUCCCAAAUGGGUGUUUGAGGAGGAGGUCGAUUUUGGCGAGCUGAGUGGCUUUGUCGGGUCAUUUGAUGUGGUGUACUCGUUCACGGGUUUGGAGGUUAGAGGGAUCUUGAGCAAGAGGAAAGGUGUGAUCUUUAAGUGUGUGAAGGAUGGGGUUUUGAGUGGUGAGAGAUGGAAUGUUCUGGUUGAAGAAGAAGGGGAAUUGAGAGUUGUGUCGAGGUUCAAAGCUCGGCCCUCCAUCGCUGAAGUUGAGAAUGUAUUGUACAAUUUGAUGGCUAUUAAUUCCCCAGUUACGAAAUCCGCCAAGUUCUUGAGAGAUUUGGUUUCAAAUGUAACUGGGAAGAAGUAAAUAGUAUUCUGCAGUUGAGAACUUAUGCUGAUGUACAUCUUGAUUUUACCUGUUUGCUGGGAAUUUUGAAUAUCUUUUUAGCUGAGAUCAAUUACAUGUUGUCUGUUUGAUCACUUCCAAUUCUGUUUCUUCUCUUAGUUGUCUUCAGUUUUUGACUUGUUUGAUAUUGUUAAUAUCUCAUAUGUGGAAGAUAAGGAUCUUUCAGGAUAUCCUGUGCUGUUAAAUAUUACAAGUGGACUCUUAUUUAGA